AUGCGAGGGCUACCGGCUAGAGUACGAAGCCGGCCAAAGAAGUUAGUCCGCCAUCGCCAGCAACAUCCAAAGACUCGCCGCAAAGGCUCCAAGGCAAGGGAAUUAGGCUAUGGCUACAAGCUGCUCUACCACGGCACAUCAAAUCGCAAUGGCGUUGGCAUCAUAUUGAACGAGUCGUUUAGAAAUAGCGUCACAGCGGUGGAUCGACUAUCGGAUCGCUUGAUAUCUGUAAAAGUAGAUACAGGAAAAGUGGAAUUGCGAGUUGUCUCUGCUUAUGCGCCACAGGCGGGCUGUAGUGAAGAAGAGAAGGCAAGCUUUUGGGAGGAUCUGGAGCAGUACGUCCAAUCCCUGGAAAGCGAAGAAAUACUUUUAAUCGGAGGAGACUUCAACGGACAUGUCGGUUCUCGGAAAGACGGAUUCGAGAGUUGUCAUGGUGGAUACGGCUAUGGAGCUCGUAACGACGAGGGGUUGCGAAUCCUAGAGUAUGCUGUUGCAAACCUUGUCGCUGCCCAACACCAUCUGCUCGUUAUGGACUUGAAAAUCUCCCGUCUAAGGAAGAAACAUGCAAGGACUGAAACACAGCGCAUCAAAUGGUGGAAUCUGAAGGAUCGAAAGGAGGUUUUUUUUGCGUCCGUGGCUCCAUCUACACUUCCCCACCCUACUCGUAGUGUGGAGAAAAUGUGGUCGUCUACUUCCAGCGUUAUACGCUUGACCGCAGAAAACACUCUGGGAAAGACGACUCUAGGUAAGCCAAAGGUACAAAAGGCUACGUGGUUUUGGAACGAGGAAGUUCAGGCGGCAAUUCGUGAGAAGAAGUCCAAGUAUAAGCUCUGGUGGAGGACGCGUCAGCCUGAAGAUCGGGACGAUAUGCUUGAUACCAGAGAAGGCGAGCGAGCAGUGUAUCGUUUAGUCAGAGCGCGUCAUCGCUCAACGUUGGAUAUGGAGCACACCAAGAUCGUUAAGGGAGCUGAUGGAGCCGUUCUGCGCCGCUCUGGUGAGAUCCUGGAGAGGUGGCGAGAGUACUACAAUCACUUGUGUAACGAAGAGUUCUGUCAUCCUCCCAUCCCAACCGUUCCCAGCGUCGAGGGUCCUGUUCUACCAAUUACUGCCGUCGAAGUCAGUGCUGCCCUCGCAAAAAUGAAGUCGAACAAGGCAACCGGUCCUGAUGACAUACCUGCUGAUGUCUGGAAGCUGCUAGGAGAUCGAGGGUCCAUGUGGCUCUCAACUCUAUUUAACAAGAUCGUUGCAGAAGGACGGACUGCAGACGUUUGGCAAACUUCCGUGACCGUGCCUGUCUGGAAAGGGAAAGGAGACAUUGCUGACUGCACCUCGUACAGGCCUAUACGACUGCUCUGCCAUACGAUGAAGGUUUUUGAGCGUGUCCUGGAAGCUCGUCUGAGGAAAAUUGUUAGCGUUUCACUCAACCAGUGCGGCUUUGUGAAGGACUGCAGCACUAUAGAUGCUAUCUAUGCUGUCCGAAUCCUCCUGGAGAAACAUCGAGAGAAGAACCGCAGUGUGCAUCUUGCUUUUCUCGAUCUGGAGAAAGCUUUCGACCGUGUCCCACAUGAGCUGUUAUGGAUGUCCAUGAGGUCGCAUAGCGUACCAGAAGAAUAUGUGCGGUGGACGAAGCUACUUUAUGCGAAGCCUACCAGCGUUGUACAAUGUGCUGCUGGAACAAGCAGGCCAUUCCCUGUACAAGUAGGGGUUCAUCAGGGUUCAUCCCUCUCACCUCUGCUGUUCAUACUGUGCAUGGACACGAUAACGAAGGAAAUCCAGAAGCAGCAUCCGUGGACUCUACUCUUUGCCGACGAUGUCAUGCUCGCUGCGGAGUCUCGAGAUGAUCUUCAGAAACAAUGCGGACCAAGGAUAGAGGAUGGUUCAAUUCGUGUCGAUGGCACCGAAUUAAACAAGGUGAACUGUUUCAAGUACCUUGGAUUCAAAGUGACUUCCACAGGCGACAUUGAUCAAGAAGGUCGAGCACGUGUUAAUGCUGCAUGGAUGAAGUGGAAAAUGGCAACAGGGGUACUGUGCGAAGAUCUACAAGAAGGUUGGGCGUCCUGUUGCUCUUUACGGAUGCGAGUGCUGGCCGACAACGAAAGCCUUGGAAAGAGUGCUGUACGCUAUGGAGAUGCGGAUGUUAAGGUGGACAAUAGGUGUAACGCUAAAAGAGAAAGUAUCCAACGACACUGUGCGCUCCAUUUUCGGCGUCAUCCCGAUAACAGAGAAGAUGAAGGAGGCCCGACUGAGAUGGUUCGGUCACGUCUUGCGGCGAGAGGAAGAUUCUGUGGCCAAAACCGCACUGAAGCUCGACGUUUCAGGAGUGAGGCCGCGUGGGAGGCCAAAGAUUCGCUGGUUAGACCGUGUGAAGCUGGAUAUGAUAGAUGCACGUUUGUGUACGGCUGA